AUGGCUUUUCGAAAAUCAUCGAUAUCGGUUCUCGUCGUUUCUUUGUUUGCAACACUGCUAGUCUUUUCGCCAUCAGGACUAGCUCAAGACCUAACACCAGGGUUUGGGUUCAAUCCACCACCUUCCCUACCGCCGUUGGAACAAUGUUGGUUGUCUAUAGAAGAGAUCGGAGGUUGUUAUUCUGAGGUUUAUACUGCUUUCUUGAACGGAACAAUAGGAACAACCAUCGGCCCUGCAUGUUGUCUUGCCAUCAAGGACAUAACUACCGAUUGUUGGCUCCACAUGUUUCCUAAUGCCCCAACUUUCCCUUCCUUACUAGAUAACUACUGCAAACGCUAUCAGGUUGGACCACCAACCUCUUCCAAUGAACCCGAUAACUAA